AUGGAUCAGCUUCCUGAGAGUAGGCCUCCAUGGGAAGUCCAUGCGAUCAUGUAUCCCACAACUAAUGCCACUAUGUCUCUAGUGUUUAGACUGAACCAUGCACUUGGAGAUGGCUACUCACUAAUGAGUGGAAUGUUUUCAUCCUUUAGAAGGACAGAUAAUCCUUCACUUCCUAUCACUUUUCCUUCUUCUUCCUUGUCUUCCUCGUCGUCGACGACGACGGCAUCUAUGUAUGGAAGGAUGAACAGUUUAUCCAAAAUGUCAAGUUUCAUCUCUAGGUGCCUUAACACAGUUUCGGACUCUAUUAUUACAUUGUUGCAAGGCAUGUUCUUAGAAGAUGAUAAGACGACCAUCAGGUCGGCUACACCUCGAGUGGAGUUUGAGCUCAAGACUAUUGCAUCGGUUGUAUUCAACCUUGAUGAAAUAAGGCAACUUAAGAACAUAGUUGGAUGUACUGUUAAUGAUGUAAUCAUUGGGUUGAUAUCCUUCACAAUUCACCUGUACAUGCAAAGGUUGGAACCAGGUUCUGGCCACAAGCGUGUGUCUGCUUUGGUGCUUAUGAACAUGAGAACGUUGAAAGGAUAUCAAAAUGUGGAAGAUUUGUUAAAAGCUAAGGAAUGGGGCAACCAAUUUGGCUUAUUAAGUAUAUCACUUCCUCUAUUUAAAGAUUCUGAAAACGUGAGUCCCCUUGAGUUCAUCGUCCAAGCGAAGAAGGAGAUGGGUAAAAAGAAGAAUUCAGCUGGUAUUUAUUUCUCUGCUAUACUAAUGAAUGUUUUGAAGAACAUUAUCAGCUCAAAGGUAGUUGCUGGAUUGAUGCAUUCGACAUGUAAACAUACAAGCAUUGGGAUUUCUAAUAUAAUUGGUCCAAUGCAAAAGGUGGCACUCGCAGGCAAUCCAGUUAAUGGCUUCUACUUCACUGUAGGAGGUAUUCCACAGAGCCUUUCCUUCACAGUGAUGAGUUACAAUCAAAAGCUAAGAGUGAUAACAGCAGCAGAAAAAGGGUUUAUUGAUUCUGAAUUGCUUAUCUCGUGCAUGAAGGAGGCUUUUGGAAAUAUUGUAGAAGCAGCACGUAGAAAGUGA